CCUACUUCAAACAGCUCCAAAGCAAGCGACCGAAASAAACCAUUAUGCUUUCAGUUUCGUCGCCCUUGCUGCGUCGACCGCAACGAAGUAUCCGCAGACGCCACCGAAGUGAGGGGAAUGAAUGYGGAUCUCCGUCAUUUUCUCCGCGCCACCUUUUGUUUGUUGGAAUAUUUCUGGUUUCGGCUUGCUUCUCGACUCCGUGCUCAUCGUUCCAGAUUGCUCUACAGAGUCAACGCCACCAGCACUGGCGUCAAAAGAAAAACAGGCCAGCGUUCAAUGACAAAAAUGCCAAGGUUCAAGAAACAAGAACCCCUSCAUCAUCGAUUUUGCGGUCCACGGGUAAAAAUGACGAAUCCUUCUCCCUCUCCUCUGCGCAUAAASAUAUUGUAAGCGGAGAAUCUCUGUCGCAAUCGUCAGAUGCAAACACCAACCUUUCGUUCGACGACGUCGCCGAGUCUCCGGCCCCGCCGUUGAAUUACAAAAAGUAUUUAACAAUGCAGGUCGGUAGUUCCUAGGUGCCGUUGUUUGUAUGCUUGGCAUGUAGUAUGGAGAUUGUCUGAUUGCUUCCUACGCGUGCAAUUUUUUUGUUUACGCAACUYUCUGACAAUACAUCGUUUCUUGAUUUCAAAUCAAAAUUCCAUUCUCCUCUGACACACAGAAAAAGAGGGUACCAGUAACCAUACGGUAUUCGGCCGAUUCGGGGCUGAAACCGUAUUAUUUGACCGUCGCCAAGCGUGUAAAGGACCUUUAUCCCGACGUCCUCAUCGAGCGGAUCAAGAUCGAUGACGGUGGCACCGAAGAUGGCGGCGGCGAUCCCAAAUACAGGGAGACGGGAACUUUCGAGGUUGCGGUGGACGGAAAACUAGUGGUCCGAACACAGCGGAGCUCCCACAAAAGCAUCUACGUGAGCAUGAGCGAGAUGGACGCGGCGAUUCUGCGUGCCCGCAAGCGCCGGCGUCCGUCAACGGUGUACGGGGAGAACGGAAUCGCUGCCACUCCCGUGAAGGAUCAGCUUGUGAAGGCUCGCCUUGAGGCUCUCAAACAAAAGGCCAGGGAGCUCCAGCGCACCAACCGAGAGGAUCAAAGCGAGGAGAAGGCCGUGUCGGAAUAAAUAUAGAACACAUCAAUCGAAAAUCAAACUUGUAACAAAACAAGGAAUAGUGGUGAUUAAAWUAAAUAAUGACAGCUAUCAUCAAAAACUUUCAUGAAAUAACGAUAAUAGAGCUUUUAGACACUU